AUGAAAAGUAUACACGUUUUGUUUACUGUGGUGUUUUUUGUUUGUUUACUUAAUAAAGUGAAGCUUUUAGAUAAUGGAUUGGCUAGGAAGCCGCCGAUGGGGUGGAUGUCGUGGGGUUAUUAUGAGUGCGCUGUCAAUUGCGAUGAAAAUCCCGAAAAAUGUCUUGAUGAAUAUCUAAUAUUAUCAGUAGCUGAUACAAUCUACAAUGAAGGUUACCAAGAAGCAGGCUUUGAGUAUAUAAUAAUAGAUGAUUGCUGGGCUGAGCAUGAAAGAGACAGCAAGGGUAGGUUGGUUGCAGAUAAAAGCAGGUUUCCGCAUGGGAUGAAGUAUAUAUCUGAUUAUAUUCACGCCAGAGGCUUAAAGUUUGGCAUGUAUACUAAUGUAGCUGAAGUGACUUGUAUGUUUUAUCCCGGAUCAAGAGGAUUUUUCGGUAUUGACGCUAUGACCUUCGCUGAAUGGGGAAUAGAUUAUCUCAAAGUUGAUGGAUGUUAUGUGGGGGAAAGCAUUUUAAACACUGCGUAUAUAAAAUUUGGUCGUUACUUGAACAAGACCGAGAGGCCCAUUGUAUAUUCCUGCAGCUGGCCUUAUUACAUCGAGUUUAUACAUCAUAAAAAGCCAGACUACGCGCAAAUAUCCUCACACUGUAACAUGUGGAGGAACUUUCAUGACAUAAAAAUUUCGUGGGAGGCGCUCAAAACCACAAUUAAAUUUUACAAGCACAACUACCCCGAGUUCUCAAAGUAUCAUGGACCAGGUCAAUGGAAUGACCCAGAUAUGCUCAUUUUCGGAACAGGGGCACUAACAGAAGGCCAAAGUAGGGUCCAUUUAGCAGUCUAUGUGAUGCUUUCAGCACCGUUGCUUUUGAGCUGUGACAUGAAUAAAUUGACAGCGUAUGAAAAGAAACUUUUGCUAAACAUGGACCUUAUUGCUGUGGGGCAAGACCCAUUAGGGAUUAUGGCUCGGCCUUAUGACCUUUCUCGUUCUAUAACGCUUUGGGUGAAACGACAUCUCCCUAUGAAGGGUGACAAAUAUUACUCCUUCUCUUUCGCACUAGUGAAUAUGGAGACUAGAGAUGCAACUGUCUCCUUUACGCCCGGAGAUUAUGGAUUAAAAUCUGUUGAUGGGUACUCCGUUAUGGACGUAUUCAAUGGGAAAUUCUUAAAAAAUGUUACAUUAACCAAUCGUAUUACAGUCACAGUACCUUCACAAGAUGUAAUAAUGUAUACGUUGUAUGCAUUAUAA